GUCAUUCGACAUAACAUUGGAAUUGUCUACAAAAGCUGAAAACCAAGCUGAAGAGAACUUGUUCUCACUCCACCCCCCCACCUCCCAAAAAAAAAAUGAAAACAAAAUGGAAGGAGAUUUAUGCCAUGUCUCUUUUACUUGCACCACUACUAAUCAUGCUGCUGUUUCAAGAGCUUAGCCCCCAUUAUAGAGUUGCUGCUGCUGCUGCAGAUAACAGCUAUCAUGAGAAAAAAAAAUGUGAUGGUUCAAUGGCAGAAUGUGGUGACAUUGAUGAAGAACUUCUUAUGGAAUCUGAGUCAAGUCGAAGAAUUCUGCAGGCAAAUAGAAUUAGUUAUGGGGCUAUCAGGCGUGAUUUACCAGCAUGCGGUGGUUCUGGAGGUCAGCCUUACAGCACGAGCUGUCUACCUCCUUCGUCGAAUCGAUAUACCAGAGGUUGCUCCAAGAUUUACAGAUGCAGGCAUUGACCCUUCAGUUAAUCCAAAUUGCUAUGUCGCUGGUGAGCGAUGCAUACAUGCCAUGCAAUGGAUCAAUAGGAGAGUGCAAUGAAGCGAAUGAGAUGCUAAUGGAAUCAGAAAUAAGCCGAAGGUUUCUUGAACAGAAGAAAUACAUAUCACCUGGGGCACUGAAAAGAGACCAACCGGUUUGCAGUGGAGGCUCUAGCGGUGAAGCUUAUAGUAAGACUGAAGGCUGUCUACCCCAACCAUCCAAUCCUUACAAUCGAGGGUGCUCCAAAUACUAUCGUUGCAGAUGAUAAACAAGGAAAGAAAGUAAAAAGCUGAUACCGGGAAUUCUCCUGUGCAAGUUAUAAGCCCCAGGAAUUUCUACAGAAUUAACAUUUACAAGUAUUACUUGAGAGUCCACAAAAUUCUCGUAUCAUUACAAUUAACUCAAGAAUUUUUACAUAUUCUUUCAACAUGAAGAGUGUACGUAUCAUUCUUAAACUAUUCAGUUGCAUCUUACUUUUUUCUGUUUCUAUAUAUUAUACCGCUCAACAAUUUUUGAUGUUGCAAUUUAGUUGUUAAUGGUAGCAUAGCCACCCGAAACUACACAUUGCUAAUCAAACUAUAUGAAUCACAAAGCAAAAAAGUUUCAGAUACUGGAGGAACCUAAAGUUUGAUAAUAUCAAAGUUAACAUUUCUGACCAUAAAAACUGAAAA